UUGUAUCUCUCUGGUUCUAUCUCAGUUGAGUUGCGACCUACUCUUGUUUCGCGGUCUCCCCUCUGAUAGACACUUUCGCGCCUCUAUCCGGCCGUCAAUGGCGGUCUCAGUUCCCGCAAAAGGAUCAACGCUAAGGGACGCAUUUGGAAAUGUUCUCUCUGUCUUCAUUCUCAUCUUGAUCGGCGUCCUCGCAUUCUCAAUUCGGCUCUUUUCUGUGAUAAAGUAUGAGAGCGUUAUUCACGAAUUUGAUCCUUAUUUUAACUACCGAGUUACCCAGUAUCUUUCAAAGAAGGGAAUUUAUGAAUUUUGGAAUUGGUUUGAUGAUCGGACCUGGUAUCCUCUAGGGAGAGUAAUUGGUGGAACCGUUUAUCCUGGUCUCACAUUAACUGCAGGCACAUUAUGGCGGGUAUUCAAUGCCUUAAACAUUCCUUUAUCUGUGGAAACUGUUUGUGUAUUCACUGCACCCAUAUUCUCUGCUUUUGCUUCAUGGGCAACUUACCUGUUAACUAAGGAAGUUAAAGGUGCUGGUGCUGGACUGACAGCUGCUGCUCUUUUGGCCAUGGUUCCUUCAUAUAUAUCGCGGUCUGUGGCUGGCAGCUAUGACAAUGAAGCUGUUGCUAUAUUUGCUCUGAUCUUCACUUUCUAUCUCUAUAUAAAGACAUUGAACACUGGAUCCCUUUUUUAUGCCACUUUAAACGCCAUUGCAUAUUUCUACAUGGUUUGCUCAUGGGGAGGUUACACAUUCAUUAUUAAUCUUAUUCCAAUGCAUGCACUCUUGUGCAUUGUAACUGGGCGCUAUUCUCCUCGAUUGUAUAUUGCAUAUGCUCCUCUUGUCGUCUUGGGAACUUUAUUGGCUGCACUGGUGCCUGUCGUUGGAUUUAAUGCAGUUAUGACAUCAGAACAUUUUGCAUCAUUUUUGGUUUUCAUCAUUAUCCAUGUGGUGGCUCUCGUUUACUAUAUCAAAGGAAUUCUCUCCCAGAAAAUGUUUAGAGUGGCUGUUACUCUCGUAGUAUCUAUUGGGCUGGCAGUUUGUUGUGCAGUCAUUGCAGUUCUGGUAGCUCUUGUUGCUUCCAGCCCAACCAAGGGGUGGAGUGGGCGUAGUCUGAGUCUUUUAGACCCAACUUAUGCAAGCAAGUAUAUACCAAUAAUUGCUAGUGUUAGUGAGCAUCAACCACCUACUUGGCCAUCUUACUUUAUGGACAUCAACGUUUUGGCAUUCUUGGUUCCAGCUGGUAUUAUUGCAUGCUUUUCACCAUUAUCUGAUGCUAGCUCAUUUGUAGUCCUCUACAUUGUUACAGCAGUGUACUUCUCUGGAGUUAUGGUGCGUCUUAUGCUUGUACUUGCUCCAGCAGCAUGCAUUUUGUCUGGAAUUGCACUUUCUCAAGCCUUUGAAGUUUUUACUCGGUCUAUCAAGUUUCAGAAGCCCGGAGAGGCACUGGAUACACAAGAAGUGGGAGUUACCGUCUCUGAUGGUGUUGUAGCACAACAUGAUGUGGUGAAGCCUGAAAAAAGUGAAGAUACAAUUAAAGAACGACCCUCAAAAAAGAAUAGAAAGAAGGAAAAGGAGCCAGUUGAAAAGCCUUCACUCAAGUCCCAAAUUCGUAAAAGGCUGCUAGUUUUACCCUUCGCGACAUCAAUUAUUGCCCUUUUCUUACUUAUUUUGCUGGGUGCCUUUUAUGUGGUUCAUUGUGUCUGGGCAGCUGCAGAAGCUUAUUCAGCCCCUUCUAUUGUUUUAACUUCUCACUCCCGUGAUGGUCUCCAUGUUUUUGAUGACUUUAGAGAAGCUUAUGCAUGGUUAAGCCACAACACUGAGGUUGAUGAUAAAGUUGCAUCAUGGUGGGACUAUGGCUAUCAAACUACUGCUAUGGCCAAUCGUACUGUCAUUGUUGACAACAAUACCUGGAACAAUACCCAUAUUGCAACUGUUGGUACUGCUAUGUCUUCUCCUGAGAAGGCAGCCUGGGAAAUUUUCAACUCUCUAGAUGUAAAAUAUGUUCUUGUUGUCUUUGGAGGUCUUGUUGGUUAUCCAAGUGAUGAUAUCAAUAAGUUCUUGUGGAUGGUUCGUAUAGGAGGUGGUGUAUUUCCUCAUAUCAAGGAACCGGAUUACCUAAGAGAUGGUCAGUAUCGAAUUGAUUCUCAGGCCACUCCAACAAUGCUGAAUUCUCUCAUGUACAAACUUUCGUACUACAGGUUUGUGGAAACAGAUGGUAAAGGAUUUGAUAGGGUGAGGCAGACAGAAAUUGGGAAGAAAUAUUUUAAGCUUUCGCAUUUUGAAGAGGCAUUCACCACUCACCAUUGGAUGGUACGAAUCUACAAAUUGAAAGCUCCAAAGAACAGAAUCAGGGGAAAGACUAAAAAGUCAAAGACGAAGUCCAGUUCAACUACCAGUUCCAAAAGAAAAGAAACAAAAAAGAGAAAUCCGUGGCAAUGAAAAAUCAUCUGAUGAUGAUGGGACAAUUUUCAAAAAGCAUAAACCACAUGUUUGGAAGCCUGGCUGCUAAUUGAAAGUUGUAGGGAAUGUCAUGAAGAAAAUCUGGCGAACAUUUGGGCACAUUUAAGUUAAUGAUUUGAUAUAGAGCCAAUGACAUGUAGCCUUUCUUUUUGUCAGUCUCUGCUCUGCUUGACCUUUUUUUUGGCUGCUUUCUCUUUGUCUCUGCAAUUAGGUGUAAUCAAUAUGGAGAAGCAACAAAAAUGUGUUCUGUAAUGGAGAUUGCCAUGCUAAACGAUUCAUUGUUAAGGCCAUAGGGGGAAAGAUUGAAAUA